AUGUGCUUUGAUAGGCUUGAAGCUGGGCCGUGGAGGGCUCUCUGGCCUUUCGGAUGCGUUCCAGAGCUAUCUAGAAGGAAGAUGUCUACUACCGAGGAGAGAGCUAAGCCUAUUUGGGAACAAAACUUGCGAGAACCACGUUUGAGCAAUCGUCACAGCCACACACCAGCAGAGCUUUGCAGCAUGGAGAAAGCUUGGGAACCACAUCUCGCACUGGAGCUCCCAGAGAUCCUCUUGGAGAUUUUCGGCUACCUCGAGUCAGAUCGACCGUCCCUGGCUGCAGCUAUUCGGGUCAAUCGAAAAUGGUUCCUCCAUGGAACGACCAUUUUAUGGCGGCAGGCGUCCCCUAGAGAGCUUGCCCGCGCCGCGGAGAAUCGCCGUCAGUUCUACGCCUCCAAGAUUCGUUCGUUAGUCUUCGACGAGUCGAAAGCUUCAUAUGAUCCAUAUGAUCUCAUUGAAGACCUUGAAGUGACAAACCUGAAGAGUGUUACCAUUUGGGGUUUCCGCACCGCAAAUAUUCUCCGACUGAAGCAGUAUUUGCAGCCUUCACUAGAAGAGUUCUUGUUCUAUGAGGGAGAUAUCGACUCCAGCCUAUUGGAUCACUUGAAAACGACCUGCCGGCGCCUACGAAAAAUCGUGAUCGACUCGCCAGAGCCGCAUAUAACACCGUCAGAGUUUUCAGAAUUUCUCCAAGGCUGUGCGUCAUUAGAAAGCAUGAAGUUUAUGUUCGAUAUGGACCGACUCAUAACCGAUGAGACCUUGCUACAUUUGGCUGGACACGAGAAUCUCAAAGUCCUGGAUGUCGGUGUGCGGAUAUACAAAGCCACCAUCGAAGAGAUCUUGACAAAAGUCCCAACCCCCUUCAAGGCGCUUCAAAAGCUUAAAAUUGUUACACAUGCCGAAGCAGUCCCAUCCCUAACCAAAAUGGUCAAUCCUAUCAGACUCAGAAGACUCGACUUGAAAUUAGGGCUCUACCGGCUCGGGGUCUUGGAGCAGCUGUCACAUCUCACGGAUUUACGGCAUUUAAGGCUGUCUUUCUACGGGAGACUACCAUCGAACGAGCUUCUGUUGCUGAGAAGCCUAGUCAAACUUGAACAGCUCUCCAUUAGUAUUUUUGACAUUUUUUGGCAUUGGCAGGAAGACGGAUACUUGGACCUUACCGACGACGAGUUUGAAGAGCUGAUAUCGCACCUUGGUCAUCUACGAACUCUCAGAAUUGCAGCAAAGUCCCCUCUGUCAGCUGCUAUUCUGGAAUCCCUUUGCAAGCACUCACCGAUGUUUCCUCGUCUCAGAAUAUUAGCGCUCGACAAGUUUACACCAUUUAGCCAUGGCUACGAUGGCCGUGACGAUUACCAUCCUAGAUCACCAGAGGUGGUUGAACUCGCGAGGGUCCUCGGGAGACAUUUCCCGAAGUUAGAAACUUUGUAUGUCUAUGCUGACGACAAAUUCUCAGAUGUUGUAGCCGAUAUACUCAGUAAGAGAGGUUCCUAUCCAGAAUACUUUGACGAAUCGCAAGAACACCUGAUCUCAUCCUCACCAUUGUCUCGGGAUUUCAAUCAAACUGCCAUUUUUUUUCCCGGAGAAAGGGACGGUUGA